AUGGUCGUCGCCGUUGGGUCCUCCGUGACUGGUCUCGGCCCAGGCGACAGAGUCAUCACUUACCUCGCCCCAACCCUCCCACCAUCAGAUGAAACCGCCCUCCCAGGCGCCGCCGAGAUCUUCGCUGGUCUUGGGCAGAGGGUGGACGGUACCCUCGCCAACCAGAUGCUCAUCACCCAGCAUGGCGUCAUCAAGGGCCCUUCCAACCUGACGCCCGUCCAAGCCGCUACACUGACCUGCAGCGGUUUGACAGCCUGGAACGCCCUCUUUGGAGUCUCUGGGAGAGAGAUCAAAAAGGGUGACUGGGUUCUUGUUCAGGGAACUGGCGGUGUUAGCAUCGCCGCUUUGCAGUUUGCUGUUGCUGUUGGGGCGAAUGUCAUUGCUACUACUUCUUCUGAAGAGAAGGCGGAGAGGCUGAAGGAGUUGGGGGCGAGGCAUGUCAUUAACUAUAAGGAGACAGAAGACUGGGGUGAGGCGGCCAAGAAGUACACUCCUGGUGAGAAGGGCGUGGAUAUGGUGGUGGAUGUUGCUGGAAACUCUUCUUUGGUGCAGUCGCUGGCGGCUGUGAGGACAGAUGGGAUUAUUUGCUUGGUUGGAUUGCUUGGCAAGUUCGAUGCUGGUACAAUCCCGAUGAUGUCUGCGCUCUGGAGGCCUUGUAUCGUCCGGGGUGUGCUGUUGGGUAGCAGGAAGCAGUACAGGAAUUUGGUCCGGUUUGUGGAGGAGAAGGCGGUUGUGCCGGUGAUGGAUGAUGUCGUGUUCGGGUUAGAAGACGUCAAGGAGGCGUACAAGAGGAUGGAGGAGCAGAAGCAUUUUAGCAAGAUUGUUAUCAAGAUUGAGGAGUAG